AUGGCUCCCAACGAUACCGUCACCAUGAAUCCUAACCAGGUCAACAAAUUUCCAUACCUUAAAGCCCACCAAUUUCCCGGGCCGUAUGUGCGGCCUCUCAAGAAGCACAAGGCUAUGGAAUACCGCGCCCGCGCCGGCAAGCAUCACGGCACGCUCAACUUUGGCAAGGACCUCGAGAAUGCACUAUACGCCUACGGCAACCCAGCCCACCCCGACAUCAGCGACCCACACGCCGACUCUUUAACCUAUCUCAACCGACUCCCGACUCCCAACCACUCGCACCGGCCACAUCCUUUCCACAGCAGCGGCAAAGACGCGGAGAAAAACGGCCAUCAGCAACCUUUCCCGGAGACACUGCGCGUGCUGGACGAGAUUGUCACGGACUUCAUCAUCGAGGUCUGCCACGAGGCAGUCGACCACGCCACCUUUGAAGGCCGUCACAAAGUCAACCCGCAGGAUAUUACGUUUGUGUUCCGCAACGAUAAGGCCAUGCUGGGCCGCAUGCGCGCCAUGUCGAGUAAGAGCAGGGUAAUCAAGGAGCAGAGGAAGAUGGCCGAUGAUAAACCCAUGGGAGAGAAGAUGACGGUGGAUCAGCUGAUGGAGUUGGGAGAGGCGGCGGGCGAGGAGGGUACGGGCAAGGGUAAAGGUCGGGGCAAAGGGCGUAGGAAGCGUAAGGCGCAGGACGUGGACGAUGCGCCGAGCCCGGCGGGCGGUGUGUCGGAUGGGGGUUCGGAAGAUGGAGACGGUGCGACUAGGGACGGGGAGGAGCCGUUGGCGAAAAGGGCACGCAGCGAGAACGCUUCUUGA